GCGGCGCAGAGACAGCGGUUUCUCGCGUGUACAUUCCAUGGGUCACGUGUUUCUCUCCUAGAGCACAUAAUCGAUCUCUUCAGUCACAAGUAUGAGGAUGGGCGUACUCUCGUCACCAUUUCUACUCUUAUUCGCCUCGAGCACCUGCCUCGCAUUUCAUCCAGAUGUGCCAACCACAAUCACAUCAACAACAGCAUCCUCAGCUAGGCGGGGUACGACUAGUCAGAAGCGACAGCUCCGAAUGAUGCAUUUUGAAGCAGCAGACGGGGCCAGUGUUAUUGAAGCCAUUGACCAUGCUACUUGGAUUCUGGCGGUGGCAGCAGAUUCUUCUCGAGGGGGAGCUGUCGUGGAGCAAAUCCCGUAUGUUCCAGGCGAUGUGGCAGAUUUCGAUAAGAUCGUAAUCGGGAGUGCAGCUUGCCUUGCUGCUUAUGCCUGGGCGGCGUACGAAUUCGGAAAGCGAAUAGUGACGCAGCGCGCGUGUGAGGUGUGCAAGGGCUCAGGGCUGGUGAGCACAUCGCGUUCCGGGAAGCAGCUCAGACAGCCCAAGAAGUGCUACGCCUGCGGCGGGUUCUUGCCUUGGGAGAGCUGGGGCAAGUUCUGGAAAACGAACAUGGACGUGGGAAACGGAGGCGUUCUUCAAAGGCCUGCCAGGGACUACGACGAGCUGAACGAGGCCGCAAGAGCAGCAAAGGAAGGCCAAACAACACCAUCAAUCGAGGACGACUAGCAAACCCGCCCGUGCAGCAACGAAACCGAGCAGGAGCAAGCGCCCGGUUGGUUGGGCUCUUGCUUGCAGAUCAGCCGUGUGAGACACCAUGAUUUAUUUGUUCACCACGGCAAUAUGUGGAGAGUCCGGUGCGCACCCAAGGUGCCACGCCCAGCUAUUGGCGGGACUUAUUUUUCCAUGAGCACAAUGCGCGGUAGUUUUUACAAUGAGUUCUUCGCAAUAUUAGGUUCUUGAGGGGUCCCGAAGUAAUGUAGUAGCGCUUUCCCGGGAGAUACAUGCGUCUCAGAGAACCCCUUCGUGGCACAUUUAUUCUCCCACUUGAAUGUAACCAGUACAGGGGACAGGAAGUCGCGUGCCGUGUACAACGCGACCGGUCUCAAACGCAGUCAGUCGCGUUUUUCGCGUGCAAUAAAGGACGGCGGGCCGGGCUCGCUGCCUCUCUCCUUGCCUGCGCAAAAAUUGAAGCUCGCAGAAAAAAGCAGCCGCAAAAUGAGUUGGAAGGGGAAGGGGAAGGUUGCCAGAAAUUUGGCCAGUAGCUGCAGCAGUAAACCGGGAUUCGAGUUGAGAGUAUGAGUCGUUCGAGGCAUAGACGUAUAGCAACGUCACAGAAGUAGAGAUAUGUUUUAGAGACGACACCCAAAAUGGGAUUGUCCGCCAAAAACAUGAAACAAGGUUGUGCGGGAGGGUUCCAGAUAAAGGGUGGCGCUAAACGGACCCGCGGGCACUCCACUGUUGGCAGAGAGAGAGGGCCUAGGGGUGCCCCUGGAAUGUGCGUGAUGCAUGAGAGCGACAUCAAGGACAGUGAAUGUUCUAAAUAGCAGAAGCAGCGGUGCGCUGCCCGUACAAAUAUCGGACAUUUAUAUUCUUGCACGUGGUGUUGAGGGCAUCAGCUGCGACAGAACCGUCUAUCGCAAAACAGGGAGAGCAAGGUCAUUUUCGGCACUAGAACCGAAGCACAUCAAUAGGUAUCCAAACAACUUGCUGCCAUAAAUGUGCAGAAAAUGAAUUGCUCCGUGCCCCUCAUGGCCAUUGAUGCUGUGCCACGUGCUUGGGGGAGGAUGGGUUCAGCAAAAUUGAGCAACGCCUUGAUGAAUCGCGCACUCGCUCACACGCCAAUUGAUAUGCAUUCGUAUUAUAUCAACGUCAGGGACACACAGUCCACUCCCCACGCGGAAUCAGCUACUCAGCUCAAGUGGUGUAAAAAACAGCUGUCAAGCGUGGCCUCCUCUCCCUUGCACAACCACAACAAAAAAAGAGGACAAAUACAUUGCCAGUGCACAAAAAAAAUAGAUACAAUUAUGGGCAGCUGCGACCGGACCGCCUACGCAGGAGUUCAUGAGUAUCUAGAAAAAGAGCAGGGAGGGGGCACGCAGACCCUAUCCAUAACCCUAACCCUCCUAACUCCAAAGCACGGAUUGUACACUUUAUCUCACAUGUUUGCGUAGAUCAAUUUUGCUGCGUCGACUACUGCCGGUGAACCACCUGCAGAUGCACUCUAAAUCACACUAAAUCACAAGACACCCGAAUGAGUCAACCCCCCCAUCGUGGAAC